AUGAUGAAUAACAACAAUCGGAAACCAUAAUCAUCAAAGGAUACGAGAAGUAAAGUGAACUCCGGGGUGAAUCGGAAGAAUGAGAGUCCUUAAAAAAGAGUGCAAUCAGCAGCUGAUAAAUCGGUUGACUCAAGUGGAAAUCUAACAGAACAACUGAAUAUUAUAGUGUAGGAUUACUUGUUAAGAUCUAAUUGUAUUAAAACAUUAGAGCAAUUCAAAAUUGAAUCACAAUUCGCAACCGAACAAAGUAAUGAAACCGAACAUAUAAUUUUGGGGCAUUUCGAUAGAGGAGAAAGAGAUAAGUUUUUCGAAUCUUGGAGUCGAUACAUCCCUAUUUCACAACGUCAAGACCAUGAUUCUUGGAAAUUAGAGUUCUACAUAUAGAUCUAUUUCUUUAUCUAUCCUAUUCAUCCAUUGUUCAAGAGGAAAGGCUAGAUUGAUAAGUAUUCGAUAAAUCAAUUGAAAACCUACCUCGACACAAAAGGAGGGGAUUUAUCGAAAACAAAUGAAGUUCUUUCAUUCUAUGCAUUGCCAUAUGUAAAAAAUCCAUAAACCCAUCCAUCCUUCUAGCAUUUAUUCACUCAUGAAUGGGUAUCAGAUUUGAGAAUAAAAUUGAAGGAAUUUAUUUAAUCCAUCUAUGGAUCAGAUCAACAUGGUAGUGUUUUAAAAAGAUUGGUUUUAUCGAAGGAAGGAUCCACGAACAAUCAACAAUAAAUUGAUCAAAAACGUGUUAUAGAAAUGAAAUAAUUGCAACAAGAAAACUUCGAACUCAAAAAGAAGAAUAAUCAAUAGAUUUAGGCAUUAUAAGAAUUAAAUCAUCUAGCCUAAAAAAAUUUAACGGAAGCUUAAAAAAAAUGGUUCUCUUUGACAGGAGAAAUGUUGAAGAUGCAGAAAGAGAUGCUCAAAUACAUAGAAAGCAAUAAGAAAAUACCUGAACAGGUUCAACAAUUCAAAAAGAAGAUUACUUCCUAUGACAAGUUCUUUAGUUAGAAUUUGGAAGACUUGGUGAAUAAGUCCGAGGACAUUUCUCUGUUUAAUAACAUAACCUAACCAGAUCAUGACCUAUCUGAAAUUACCAAUUAGCAAUAGAUCAAUCCAGUUCAACAGUCAAUCGAGGAGUACAUUCCUUUAAAUUAUGGUAAAAUCAUUUAAUUGUUCACAAAGUCUCAGAAUUCAGUAUUGAUAGCAACUGUAUUGCAAGCAUUGAGGUGGAGAAUUACCAGAGCUAGAAGUGCUUUGGAGAGGAGAUCUGUUGUGGUUGCUUAUUAAACUCAUGAUUUGAUAGGAACUCAUUAACGCAAUAUCAUUUUAGCUUAGCAUUUAAUGUUCAAAGCAGCCCCUGUGAUCUAAUGUUAAACAUUAAAAUUAAUGAAUGCAUUGGCAUCAGAUUACGAUGGUAGAACUUAUUUAAUAUCCAAUUCUCAACUCAUUAAGUUACUAAUUGAAUUAAUCAAAAAAGAUUAGACAGAUUCAAUAAAAAGGAAAAAUGCCAUAGGAACUUUAUAAAAAUUAUCGUUAAGGAAAUAAAGCCAAAUUUGGAUGCUUGAUAACGAUAUCAUUUAUGUGGCUUUGACUAUCUUAUAAAGAAAAUUUAAUCUUAGUGAAUACACCUAUGAAUACAUAACUGCGUUGAUUAUGAAUUUAUCCUUGAGUUCAAGAGGUCGUGAUGCUUUGUCUAUGAAUAAAGAAUUAGCUUUUGAAGUGCUGUUUGAAUUAAUUGAAUAUCCCAAUGAUUAGAUUAGGACCUUUACUAAUGGAACAUUUUAUUCAAUGUUUAGUAGGAGAGAACUGAGAGAUUAUGCAUAUUAACUGAACAUCCCUCAAGAAUUACCUAAGUUAUUGUCGAUUAGCGAAGAGAGAUUCAAGAAAUAAAUUUAAUAUAUGAUUGAACAAUUAGAGAGUAAUGAAGACGAUUAUGAACAGUCAUAAUUGGAGGAGGAUAAUGAUGUGGAUGAUUUAGAAGAUGAUGAAGAAUGCCCAGUGGACGAUGAGGAUGAAGAUGAUUUAGACAACAAUGAAAUGGUUGUUGGAGAAGAAUUAUUGAAGAAUGAAUUUGCAUUAGAUAACGAACAAGCAGAAUAACAAAGACAAUUGAUGGAAUCCAUAAUGCAGAAAGAGUUGCAGUAGAGAAGUAUCUUUUAAGAGCAAUUGAGGGAUUCUCAACUAGAGAAAAUGCCUAUUGGAUAAGGUCCAUUCAUAGCUGAUAGUCUAGCAUAAAUUAAUCCUAAUCAAAAACAAGUGUAACCAUAAGCCUAGGCUUUCGUAUCCAGACCAAAAAUACCUAGAACUCCUCCCAUUUAAUAAUAUUAUUAAAAUUGAUAUAAAUUGAAAAUAUAAUAUACUGAAUUUUGAUAAUUUA